AUGAAUGUGCACGGAUUAUACCAUCUGUGCACGUUCAUCGGCUACGGUGUUACGCCCGGACCGUCAUUUUACAAUGAUAGGUUCACAACAGCUGUUAGGGCGACGGGAUUCCACCGGCAGCGUCCCCCUUCGGGCUUCCUGAACGUCGACGAGCAGCUGCGGGAUGCGUCUUCCGCACCGCGGCCAAAGCGCCGAGAACUGGUCCACGUUCCAGAUAUCGGAGCAGAUGGCGUGGUUACCUAUGCGGGCAUGUUCAAGGAUGCGGACUUCUUGCCACGUAGGGCUUUAGAAGAUGUCGACGUUGGAGUUCUGGCGCCGACAGGGGCACCCCCGGCCAUCGGUCGCAUGCUGGCCGAGGUCGGCAUGGAGCGGUUAUCACGACUGCAGCUGGCACUCUUCGACGAGCUGGCGUACGGAAACAAUGCGCUGUUCCAUUCGGCGACCUCUACGGGCAAGACAUUUUCGAUGCUGCUCUACGCGGCACUGAGGUACUACUACGGGGUGCCUCCCGAUCUGCUGUGCUCUCGGAAGGUGCACGAACUGUUAGAGCACGCAUCAACAGCUCCUCCUAGCGCUGUUGGGCUGUUUCAACCCCCGGAGUCUCGUGUGCUGCAGCGGGUGAUGGUGCUAUGCCCGACCAAGGAGCUCGCGAUUCAGAGCGCGAAGCAGCUAGUUGCCUUCACAGGGGGCGACAAGGACUGCGUGCGUCUGAUUAUAGACGACCAGGAACACCUGCCGGAAGACAUUGGGCCACGUAGCGUGUUCAUCGUCGGCUCCGCCAACCAACUCAACGUCUACCUGCUGACGAAGAGCAAGAGCUACGUGCGCGGGAUCAUGCAGCACGUGGGGAUGGUGAUUCUCGACGAGGUAGACCGGCUGUUGAAGGUGACGAACCAGUACGCUUCGGAGCGCAAGAAGCUCAUGUAUCGCAAACAUCCCACUGCGGCGUUUCAAAUAUGCCAGGCGCUGCUGGCACUCUCCCCUAACAAGCUCCAACUGGUGGGAGCGUCGGCGUCAAUUUCGAGGAACCAUAUCCGAUUCUUCGACACGCUCAUCCAGUCAUAUCGCACCGUACGAUGCCCGCUGGCUAUCAUUCGCAACCACGACGAGCAGACCGCCGCCAACAGAUACGUGGCCGUACCUUCCUCCGUUCAGCACUUUUUUGCGGUGUCGAACACCGACAGCCUGGGCAACAAGGUCGGCAAAGUGGUGAGCCUCGUGCGUGACAGGCCUGGAGAACGUGCCAUAUUUUUCGUGAGCUCACAGCAUUCGUUGCUGUCGUUCACCCACUACAUGGAACGCUACGGGCUAAAAUGCAAGGUGCUCCACCACGAAUUCGGCAUACGUGAUAACGUGUCUAAGCGCUUUAGCGGCGAGGUUGUCAAGGGGAUGUACGACCACCGCGAGUCUUCCGAGGCUCUGGAAAUGUUCGAGGACUUGCGCAACGAACUCGACACCGACGGUGAUUACCAUCUGUAUGCCGCCUCGAUGGAUUCGGCACGUGGACUGCAUUUCCCCACGCUAGACACUGUCUAUAUGGUAGGGGUGCCCCGUAACGUCAACGAGUACGUGCACAUAUCGGGCCGCGUCGGACGAUGCGGUAGAGUCGGCAACUGCAUCACUGUGGAUAACAUCGCAAACGUGAAGAAAGUCCUGGCGUGGCAGAAGAGCAUCGACUGCUCAAUCUCCCCUCUAGACUCGUCUGAUGCCACCGCGCUCUCCGAGUUCCGGGGAUAUGCCCCGCGCGCCAGGAAAGAGGAUGACCAAUAA